UAUGAAGAGACCACAGUUCAGAUAACGUGGCGUUCAUCUCAUACACACAUUUCACGACGUCUUUUUAGUAGAGAGAGCGUGACGGCCACAAGCUCUCCAUCCCUUUACCCUUCAAAUAUCUUGUUUCUUUCUUCAUAAGCAAAUCUCUGUUUCUCUCUUCAAAAAAUCACUGCCACACAUAGACAGAGAGAGUUAUCAAUGGCAAUCAGCAUGAGCACGUUUGGCGUUGGGCUAUGUUACAGUGGGCAGCUUCCACUGAGGCGAGUCACCGUUAAAACGGGGAGGAAGCAGCAGAGAAUGGCGGUGGUGAGAGCAGAAGGCGGAGGAGGAGGAAUCAAUCCGGAAAUUCGAAAGAACGAGGAGAAGGUGGUUGACUCCGUCGUCGUUACGGAGCUUUCCAAAAACAUAACUCCCUACUGCAGGUGUUGGAGGUCGGGUACAUUUCCAUUGUGUGAUGGGAGUCAUAUGAAGCACAACAAAGCAAAUGGAGAUAACGUUGGCCCUCUCCUUCUUAAAAAGCAGUAGUUUUUUUUUCUUUUUUUUGAUAAGUUUCAAUAAAUUAAUCUCUCAAGUAAUGUAUUAAGGUGUACUCACUCCAAAUAUAUUAUCUAUCCAGUCAUUCAAUCAUGUGAAACAACUUCAAG